AUGACGGAUGUCAUUGAAGUCGAUCAUUUAAUUACCCUAGUCGAGCAGCGUCCCGUACUAUGGGACAAAACAUCUGAAGAAUACAAGAAUAAAAAUUCAAAAACAACAGCAUGGAAAGAGGUGUGCGAAAAUUUAUUUCCUGGUUUUCAAGAAUUAUGCAAUCAAGAAAAAACAAAAUAUGGUAAUGCUGUGUUAAAGAAAUGGACUGGUAUUAAAGAUAACUAUGCCAAGUACGUAAAAAAACUUAAAGAAAUAAAUAAAUCUGGAGCAGGCGCUAGCAAACUUAAAGAAUAUCAUUUAUAUAAACAGCUCCUUUUUUUAAAAAGAAACGAUCAAAACGAAACCGAUGAUAGUAUAAUAGAUCUAGAAAUAAACAAUCAGGACACACAAAAGGAAAGUCCAAAAAGAAAAUUUAAAAGUCCAUCUCUACCCCAGUCAUCACGAAAAAGGAGAAAUGUCGAUACAUUUGAAGAAGAGAUUAUGGCAAAAUUAGAAGAGCCCGAAAACAGACAUUUAUCUUUUUUUAAAGCGAUAUUGCCAUCUUUAAAUAAACUAAAUGAUCAUCAAACGUUAAUUUUCCAAAGUCGAGUCUUAAAUAUUUUAACGGAUCUAUACGAACAAUCACAGCAACGUACCUCUAUAUAUUAUUCUCAGAGCAAUUGUCCAUCUUCGUACCAGGGUAACUAUGAAUCACAAAGACCCCAAAGUUCAUGGCAAAGUUCUUACCACGGUGGUUACCAAACAGCCGGAAGUUCAACACAGUCUACCCGAGAAGCAGCACUGUCACCAGCUGCCCAGCAAGUCCAAAGCGAUGAGAGCGUAUCUAAUGAUUAUUCGAAUACAUCACGUGAACCAAUAGCAUCACCCCUAUCGCUUUACGACUUUUCUUAAAAAAAGGAAUCCAAAGGUUUUACACCUUUGGAUUCCUUUGUUGAUUUAAAAUAAUGUUUAAGUUGAUUUAAUAUCUGUUAAUUUGAGGUGAAGCAUUCUUUAUUAAUAACUUAAUUUUCAAAAAUUGUUGUUUAGUGUCGUUGAUUUGUGAAAUGAAAA